AGCAUGGAAAACGAUGAACUGACAACUCUCCAGACCCUUCUGUCGUGUUGUAUCGCCGUUCAUAAGGGUAAGUACUGUUUUUCUCGUGACAGUGGCAGCAGCUGGUACCUACCGUCCAAUCGAGCUAGCCGAUCGACCGAUGGCCCGAUAUAUCUAUAUCUCCUUUUUUGGACCCCGUGUCCGGAUCGGUCGGGAAAAUCAACACGCAUCACUGCGACACGGCUCUUUCUCCUAUGGCCCUUACGGCGAUUCUAUGUACUGCAAGCUGUUAGCCAGCCUUGGAGUAUUGCAUUCAAGAUCGUCAGCACAAACUUCGAAACAGUCAUUCUUUACGCUAUUGUGCGCCAAAUAUAAACUGCGGGGGGCCCCAGGCCCGGACUUAGUUGCUCGCUUUUCACCUAGUAUUAUGGAUCUACCUACCCCUGACACAACGCCACGGACGCUUGGCACAAAAAGGCUUAGUCGAAAUCGACUACUAACAUCCACACUCGAGUUCGCGGCGCAAAGCCACCCACAACCCAGCCAGAUAAUGGACCGCGCGACGGUUGCGCCUACGUCCGGACACGACGCCGCGGUGGAUAGUCGAAAAAUAAACCGCCCAUGCUAACUUUGUCCAGCCAAGUUCAAUAGUAAAGCAAAUACACAGGGCGCGUUCCUGCAGAAGCUUCUGUCUUUGGCUUGACGAACUGGCCAGCGAUCUACAGGUACCUCAGCUAGGCGUAGGUCGAAGCCCAUUUCAGGGGCAUGGCAGGACAAGUAUAGA